AUGGAAAAAAUCAAGAGCAUCUUGAGUCCCGGCAAGCAUGUCGAGGAUGAGAUCCUGUAUGGGUCUGGUGGCGGCGGCCAAUAUGAGCAUACUGGCCGCGAGGUACCAGGCUCGACAGGUGGUUACUAUAGCCAAGCCGGUAACCAACCUCAAAUCUAUAACAGGGAGCGGGACUCCAUCCCCAGCCAACCCUCAACCGCACAGGAUUACGGUAAGACCGGAGAUGAAUACCUUGCAGCCGAGAAAGAACGGGCUGCGAAAUCCAAGAUGGCGAGGGAGUCAUCUUCGACGGAGAAGAGAAACGGCCACCGCAAAUCGCGAUCUGGCGAACACAAAGAGAGCCGCAAUCCUUACACGCAGCAGGCUGUUGAUCCCCGGCUUGGUGGAGGCGCUGAAGAGUCCACGAUAGCAACACACAAUGCUCAAGCUGAUGCCAUAGGCGCUGGUUAUUCCCCCCCGCCGCCUAUUAAGCCUGUUCAGCCCAAGGCGCAUGGGAGUGCUGCUGGUCGUGACGGCAACGGUGCUGCUGCUGCUGGAGCUGUUGGCGCGGCAGGUGCGGCAGGUGCGGCAGGCGUAACAGAAGCAGGCACUACGAAGAAAGGUGCCACAGUAGUGCCCCUGGAGACGGACUCACCUCAUGGCGAAGUGGUGGGAAGGACAUUAUCGGGCCACCAUACGGUGGAACGAACACCCAAUGGCCAGUAUCGAACUCGCCUGGCGAGCAUAAUCGAUCCGAACCAUGGAGAAGGCGUUAAGACGUCGGAGAGCGCGUAUGAACAUACCCCCGGCGGCGGUGGCGCAUAUACAGCUGACAAAUUCCAUGAAAGAGAACCACGUGUUGCUAGCGUCACCUUGCCUAAUGGCACGAAAUAUCUGGACCCGAAAGCGGCUGAGGAUUAUGGGCUGAACUACAAACCCCAGGCUGGUACGAGCUACGGAGACCAGGGACAGCCUCAGGUUUCGACGACGAAGUCUGAGGCUGACCGCGCCCUUAGUGGUGAGCAACAACCGAGUCACAAAGGCGCGGGGGUAGUGGGAGCUGGCGUGGCUGGUGCUGCCGUGGCAGAUGCUGGUUAUGAGGGCACGAAGACAGACAGGGCACAGCCUCGCGAUGUCGACGACCCCGCAUACAGGACGUCUCGAGUGUCAAAUGCCGAGGAAGCUACUACAACUCACAAAGCCGAUAAAUCUGCCAAGAAAGCUGCGCCCAAGGCGGCUCCAGCUCCAGCCCCAGCCGAAAGACUCGACGAAUCUGCAUACGCGGCUAAGCCCACAGCAGCCAAGUAUGGUGAUGUCGACGUUCCUCCUGGAAAUGACUAUGGCAAGGAAGUGAAAGAUCCUCGCUACGGCUUGCCCAUGGGUGCUGCAGGAAUCAGCGCCGAGGAGGCAGCGGCUAUACGCAGAAAUGAGGCUAAUGUGGCCCGGCCCUCUCAGGCUCAAGCCUAUGCAGGCAGACCGACUACAGCGGAGCAGGAUUAUGCCGCCCAACCUGCUGCGACGGCAAAUCAAGCUUAUGGCACUCAGCAUGCUACGCAGGCUGAACAGCAAGCAGCCAAACCUACCAAGGAGGAGAAGCCCAGCCGCCGCUCUAGCAUCUUAGGGUUCCUUCACCUAGGUAAAGACAAGAAAAAACACAGCAAAGACGCACAGAACAAACCAUACACCGACGUCACUGGCAAAGCACCCCUUGGCUCGGCAGCAGGUACACAACAACAGCCGGUAACCGGACCAACGACUGAGCCUGCGUAUCGCAAUCGCAUGGCUAGCACGGCUGAUGCACCGGCUUUCACUGGUGGGCUUGUGGGUCCUAAUGGAACGCCGCUGACUGGUGCUUCUGCUGCUUCUGCUGCUAACGCAGACUCGUCUGCUUGGGCUAGGUCUACCGAGAAGGAGGUUAUGGAUCGGGGUGGAAUGGGUCAGGGUGCGUACGGUAGUGGUGGUGGUGCUGCGACUAACCAGGCGGCAUAUGGUGGUACUGGAAUCGAUGAAUCCUACGCUGCACCUACUGGCACUGGAGCUACUCAAGGUGGAACAACGGGUCAAAAAUCGGGCUCUCAUGGAGCAGCUACUACCAGCAGCGCCAUUGCCGCCGGAGCUGCCGCGGGAGGUGUGGCUGCCGGUGGAAUGAACGGUUCGAAGGCCCACGAGGGAGUAGCCCCAGACUACAACCUUCAGAGCGCCCAAGACAAGGGCGCUCCAACCCAAGAUCACCUCUACGACCAAGUCAGCCCCCGUAGCUCGAAGGCGGCACACCAGGCGGACCACAUGGAGUCGAAGACCAACCAUACUACUACCAAGGAGACGGCAAAGUCGAACCACAAAUCCCACACCCACAAGGACAAGAAUAACACCGCCUAUGCGGGUAGUGAUGACGCCCAGACUCGCGAUGCUGAGUAUGGUGGCUAUGAGAAUGAUCCUCGAAUCGGCAGUGCUGCGCAGGGUGGCUAUGGUAGCAACCCGCCUACCUAUGACCCCUCUGCCGUCAAUGGAGCAGCGUCUAGCAGCGCUGCUUAUGGCGGGAAGGAGACGCAGGCUAGUAAUGCUGCCUACAGCGGAGGGACAGAGAAUCCCGAUGAAGCUGACUUUGGCAACGAAACCUAUGUUGGUAGUGGAGUGUCGCGCCAUGGAACGACGAAGGUAAUUGAAAGGGAGGGCCACCAUGUGCUGCACAAAGACCCGCCUGCUAGUCACCCUGCGGCCGGUAUGGCGGGGGUGGAGUAG